AUGCUUCUGACUUUAUACCAAUCGAUCGGUGAAAGCCUUUUGUGUGGAUAUCAUGAACACAGCCCAAAAAAUCACCAGCUGCCCCCCUGCCCUCGAUGGAGGGCAUCGCUUGGUCUCGCUGUCUCUCCAGGGCUAAGAAAAUCCUGGCUUGCCACUCACACACUGAUCAAAGACCCUUUAACCUUCUGCGUAUCUGGCAGGAGGUUUAGGAGUUUAAAAAGUAGGACAAAUCCCCUCAAAAACAGAUUCUACCCAUGGGCUGUAAGACACGGACUACAAUGGAGAGGAGAGUCUCGCAGCAGUCACCUAAAAUCUGAGUCAAUGGUAGCAAACAAGUAUGUCAUUUCACAUCGGGUCACGCUGUAUAAAGACCUCCAUGGGACCCUGGCAAACCUCAAAAAGAUGGGGUCCCCAUUUCAGUGGGCAGGGCUGACCUACCACGCCCGACCACACCCGACCACACCCAUGCCCCUGCCGGGAAACCCUGUGCCUUUGGACAAGUAUGAGAAGACCAGAAAGAGGUAUAAGGAGAGGAAGACGAGAAAAACCGAGGGGCUCAAAAAAGGGGCAGCAAGCUAA